AUGUGGAAUACUGCAAUAUCCAGCUUGGUCAAUCAAUGGUUAUAUGAGAAAGCAUUACGAUUGUUUCGGCAUUUGCACCUAACUACUGGUUUUAGAGCUGACCAGUGCACUCUGUUGGCGGUGUUGGCUGCCUGUGCUGGUUGCCAUGCUGCGAUGGGAGGAUUACCUUACAAGAUUUUAGAGCUAACUGAGAAUAUGGAACUGCCGAAGGCGUAUCAUGGUGGUACCAACUUUGGUGAGACAGGUGGAGGUCCAUACAUCACCACAUCAUAUGAUUAUGAUGCACCAAUUGAUGAAUAUGGUAAUCUAAAUCAACCCAAAUGGGGUCAUCUUAAAAACCUUCACGAGGCACUCUAUUCUAUGAAGGAUCAUAUAGUUUAUGGUGACAAAACCGAUAUCGAUUGCGGUCAAAAUAAAUGGGCGACCAUUUUCUCUUAUCAAGGAAAAAGAAGCUGCUUCUUUUCAAAUAUAGAUUAUAAUGACCAGACAUUAACAUUUGAAGGGGCGGACCUUUUCCUUCCCGGUUGGUCUGUUAGUUUGUCUCCCGAUUGUUUCCAUGAAGUUUACAAUACCGCCAAGGUGAAUGCACAAACAUCUGUUAUGGUGAAUAGGCCAAUUCAUCCUGUGGAUGAAGACGACACACCUUAUAAAUUGGAAUGGCAAUCCACACCUGAACAAAUUGUUCAUAUUAAUAGAAAUGGAAAUCUUGACAGUGGAGCUUUUGUUGCUUCUAAUGCUGUUUUGGAUCAGAAAACAGUAACUAAUGGUACCAGUGAUUACUUGUACUUAUUGACACUUUAUUUUCAUAAUUCAUCUGAUCCUCAAUGGGUCAAUAAGGAUAUAUUUCUCCAAGUUCGAACAAAUGGGCCUAUUAUUCAUGCUUUUGUAAAUAAAAGAUUUGUGGGAUCUCAAUAUUCUGACUAUCAUGGACACCUUGAUGACUAUGGUUUUCAAUUUGAAAGAGAGAUUCGUUUAGUGAAUGGAGCUAAUCGAAUUGUUUUAGCUAGUGUUUCUGUUGGAUUACCUAAUUAUGGUCCUAACUUUGACUACUGGGGAUGUGGAAUCGUUGGACCUAUCCAAUUAAUAGCAAGGAGCAGAAAUGGCAGUGAACCUGAAGUGAUUAAGGAUAUUUCAACAAAUAGAUGGAUUCAUAAGACAGGAUUACAUGGUGUAGACCUUGAAUAUCAUAAACUUCUACAUCGUUAUAGUCCUUCUUGGUCUGCUAUCCCUCAGAUUGAUCGACCUUUCACUUGGUACAAGACAAAUUUCUUGUAUCCUCAUGGGACCGAUCCUGUCGUGGUAGACUUGAAUGGAAUGGGAAAAGGAGUUGCUUGGAUUAAUGGCAUUAACAUAGGGAGGUAUUGGCCUAAAAAUGUUGCCAGUGAAGAAGGUUGUAGCAUUUUUUGUGACUACAAGAACAAAUAUGACUCUGGUAAAUGCAGUACUGGGUGUGGACAACCAACACAAAGAUAUUAUCAUAUCCCUAGAGACUGGCUAAGACCAGACAAUAAUUUGCUAGUAUUGUUUGAAGAAUUCGGUGGCAACCCACAGAAUGUUCAAAUCCAAACAGUUACUGUUGGUAAAGUUUGUGCAAAUGCUUAUGAAUGGAAUAAAUUGGAAUUAGCUUGCGCAGGAGGACACAAUAUUACUAAAAUCAAUUUUGCUAGUUUUGGUAAUCCUCAAGGCAAAUGUGGGGAUUACAGUCCAGGCAGAUGCCAUGCUAUAGAUUCUUUGGAUGUUGUUCAAAAGGCCUGUCUUAACCAGAGAAAUUGCACAAUCGAUGUCAAUAUAAACAGUUUUGCUCUUUUACCUCCAGAAUGCAGACAGAUUUUCAGUUAUAGGCUUGCUGUUGAAGCUUUUUGUUAGGAUUUGUUUAGACGUGAAUAAAUUUGUAGUGACACUUUCGAGUUAAUAUUAUAGAAGUUCGAUUUUUUA